AAAACACAUGUUCAGAACAUUUUUUCUUUUAAAUUUUAACGAGAUUUGCAUCCUCUUUCGUUUUUCCAGUUUUCCCCUCGUCGAGAAAAACGGGGCUUCUCGAUCUCAAGCCCUUGUCAUUCUGUUCUUCCUCCACUCAGCAACCCUCUCCUCUCUCUCCACCAAACACCGGCGACCAUCUAUCUCCCUCUCUCCGGUGCCCCGGUCUCUCUCCGUCCGGCGAAUGCUGGUGGCGCUCUCACUCUCUGGCGAACGUUUAUCUCACUCUCUAUCCGGCGAGCCCAGAUAAAGACACGAUCAGGCUUAUGCUUUGCCUCUUGAUAGGCUCAACUCCUUGCUUCGUCUCAUCACCUUUUUAACAACAUUGUUGAAAAGAAGGGCAACACAAGAGGGUGACGACCACCUUUGAUGGCGGAUCGAACAAGGAAGUUGGGGAUCAACGACAUAAUCUCUUUUGCUGAUGAUCUCAUUGGCAUCCUUAAAUCUCGGAGAGAUGUCGAAGACCUCGCCCACGUCUUUGAUUCCAUCGCCGAGCUCCAGUCUUCCUGUAGCAGGGACAAUUUUGAGUCCUCGAUCAACAUGGAAGAUGUUAAACAAAAGAUUGACACAUGCAGACAGAAGAUAGAUGGCCAGAAAGAAACCAUUGCAGAAGAUGAACUAAAGCAUCUUCAAAAUAAACUAGAGAGUGAACUGCAACAAGAGCAAGAACUCCACCAGAAACUCAGAAAAAUUAUGGAGCAGAUAGAUGAUUUUGAAAGUAAAAAGGUCUAUAUCGAAGAACGCAAGAAAGAUUUGAUGAGUGUGAACAAGGAAGACUCUCGAGCUCAGACCAUAUUUGCAACAAUAUUGCAUACUUGUGCUUUGAUAUUGGCGUUGGCAAUUUACCAAACUACCGAAAGAAUACCCAUCUUUAGGGCCCUAUUCAUUGAAGAACACAAGAAGAUAAUGACUGUGAAAGAAGGAAAGACAAGAAUCUCAUUAAGCACUUGGAAGCAGGCAAUGCUUGGUUACUAGUUUGGCAUUUGUCAUAUUUUAGCUGGCAGAAUUUGUCUCAUGAGUUUCAAAGAGAGAAUACGUCGACAUUGACUUCUAGUAUUUCUCAUGCAUCUGAUUUUUGCACCAGUAAAAUAUGCAUAAACAGUAGAGAAACAAACUGACACACACACACACACACAGGCACAUGCUUCACAUAUAGUGGAAAACACAUUGGGUCAGGUAAUGGAAUAAGGAUUUGAUUGAAAUAUUUCAGCAGUUUGCUGCAAAUGUGAGUGCAUUGGUUGAUAACUUGAUAUGCAUGUACAGAUAUGCAACAGCUAAUGCAUUACCCUUCUCAUUCAGGGUCCUUUGGGGUGACCAAUGUGGGGCUGAAUAAUGCUUGGGUGUGUUCAUUGUGUUAGAUUAUUUAUCAUUGUUUAGUAAUAAUCCUUCCCUUGUUAGUUGAAGUCUAAAUUUUUCUUGUACUAAGUUCUUUUAUUCGUCUUCUCCAUUUCCUUGACCAGGUUGGACCCAUCCCUGAAGUUGUUGACCUUGUUCUAUUUGACAAAAGCUGUUUCCCUUACACAAAAGGCGCUUUACUUUUGCAUCAUGAUAGAUUUGGAAAUAAAUGGAAAGGGAGCAUUUUUGAGAAAUAAUAACGACAGUUUUUUUUUUUACUUCUUAACCAACCCAGAUUGGUCACUAACCUCCUCUGCUUGGAUGGUAGUGGAGAGAAGGAUACGAGAGGGAGAGCGUUUUUUUUCUAAUUGUUAAUUAACCUAGAUCAGUGACUAAAUUUGGAGGAAAUCAAACAAUGGGAUGAACAUUCUUAGCAUCCGAAAAGGUGAGGAUCAAGCAGUGGGAUGAACAUGUCUUAGCAGCCGAAAAGGUGAGAAUGAGUUUGGAGAACAAGAAAAUGAUGAGAGUUUUGGGAAGGAAGUUGCUAAUAAGGGACUCUUAAAGAAAAGAUAAAUUUGUUAGUCAUUAGGUCAUAUUGUGGUCCAUGAUUUCUUUUGUCAAGUCAUACGCUUGCGGUUUAGUUUGUAUUUUAUUAUUCCAUAGUGAUUAUGAAUCACCCCAAAGGUAAUUUUGCUGAUGAUUUGACAGAAUAACAUCUAAGUUUCUAACUAAACUUCCCUA